AUGAAUGGACUUGGAUCCUUCUCCUACCUUGGCUGAAGCCUGUUGUUCAGCAGAAGGAUUUUAAUACACUCCCUGAGCAGCAUUACAAUGUUAACAGCACACGAACAUAUUAGUGCAGGUGGAGAGGCCAUGAAUGAAAAAUUUCUGAACACAGACUCCAGCACAGGAUCAGUGGAAACAACCAUCAAGCCGUUACCAUUUAAAGAUCCAAACUUCAUUCACUCUGGCAUUGGUGGAGCAGCAGCUGGCAAGAAGAACAGAACUUGGAAGAACCUAAAACAAAUUCUUGCUUCUGAAAGGGCAUUGCCAUGGCAACUAAAUGAUCCUAGCUAUUUUAAUAUUGAUGCUCCUCCUUCCUUCAAACCUGCCAAGAAAUACUCAGACAUUUCAGGACUUCCGGCAAAUUACACAGAUCCCCAGAGCAAGCUGAGAUUUAGUACUAUUGAAGAAUUUGCCUAUAUUCGGAUGCUCCCUUCAGAUGUGGUUACAGGAUACCUGGCUCUAAGGAAAGCAACAAGUAUUGUUUCCUGA